UCUCCCCCGCCUCCUCCUCCCGCCAAAGCGACGGACGGGAAGCAGCUAAAAUCCACGGCCGUUGCCAUCAUCGCUGCCCCCUUCUUCCUUAAUCGCUACCAGUUCGGUACGUGUAGGUCUGCCUGCUCUGCCCACCGCCCUCUCUCCCCAGUCUUUCGCUCCGGCGUGUAUGUGCUGCUGUGCCCCCGCCAAAGCGCCGAGUAUCUGCGCAGCCCGCACGUCUAAAGCCGACGAAAUCCUUCUGCGGCUAAAGGCUAAAGCUGCCACUCUCUGCGUCUGUCUGGCUCUCUCUCGAGGCGCGCUUUGUUGCUUGUUCAUAUACUGGCGUUUGCCAUCACGAAACAUAGUACAGAUCGACUACAGGUACGCACGCACAGGCCGCGUGUUAUCCUGCAGGGCUGAGGAAUGAAGUGAGCCAUCGUCAUGGCGGGAACCUUACGUGCGGCAGUGGCCGCCUCGCCGCCGCCGCCGUCGCCGCUCCCGCCAUCCAGGGGCGCCACCGCGAGCGGCGGCAUCCCGUGGCUGCUCAGGAAGCGCGCCAGCAAGGUGCGCCACGGCCCGCCGCUCGGCGGGCAAGAACCUGACGUCCACGAUGAGGUGGAACUGGAAGACGAGGGAGCCACCUUCGUGCUCUCUACUCCGUCCGCCGCGGACGCUGUUGGGGCCGGAGGAGGAACCCCCGAGCCGUCAGGGAAGCGCCGCGAGGCGCUCGCGCGGCUCCGGUCCGCGGUCCUGGCCGUGGUGGCGCGCGCGCGGCGCCGGCGCGGGCGUAGGCCGAUGGGGUCCAGCGUCACCGGCACCAUCUUCGGUCGGCGCCGGGGGCGCGUGCACCUGGCGCUGCAGACGGACCCGCGCACGCCGCCGGCGCUCAUGGUGGAGCUGGCCGCGUACUCCACCGGCGCGCUCGUCAGGGAGAUGUCCUCCGGCCUCGUCCGCAUCGCCCUCGAGUGCGAGAAGACGCCUACGCCUGCAGACACAGGCGGCGAGAGGGAGAGGCGGCGGACGGCGCUGGUGGAGGAGCCGACGUGGCGAGCGUACUGCAACGGGCGCAAGUGCGGGUACGCCGUGCGGAGGGAGUGCGGCGCGGAGGAGUGGCGGCUGCUCCGGGCCGUCGAGCCCGUCUCCGUCGGCGCUGGCGUCGUCCCGGACGGCGGCGCCGGCGAGGGGGACCUGAUGUACAUGAGAGCCAGGUUCGAGAGGGUGGUGGGAUCCAGGGACUCUGAAGCGUUCUACAUGAUAAACCCCGACGGCAACGGUGGGCCCGAGCUCAGCAUCUACCUCCUCAGAGUCUGACAAUAUAUGUUUUUCAUACCAUGGGUUAACUCUAAAAAAUGGUUAUGCGUUUUUUUUUGCGGUAAUAAGUUAAGCGUGUAUGUUACUAUGUUUGAUUCUUGGUCAUGUGAAACUGGCGGUCUGUUGAUGCACUGACAA